AUGGGAAGCGUUGGAUUGCCCUCGUCGCCUGUGGCGCUGCGAGGAGAUGGAAAGCUGCCGGAGCAGUGCUGCGCGAUAGGGGUGAGGUUCCGGUCGUCUGCAUUUGUGGCAAUUGAGAUCGCCCAAAGGGGGGAUUUGCUGAUUGCUCGGGGAGGCAGGAAGUCACUUGUGCGAGAGACGGUGACGAGCGGGAGCCCUCUGAGCAAGGAGGGCAUUACCGUCGUGCAAGCGCUCAAGGGCGCCAAGAACGAUCAGGAGGAGCUGCGGAGAGUUUUCGCUACACAGGUGUGUCGAUUGCUCAAGCGAGAUCUUUUGGAAGUUUUGAAGGAACUAGAGCGCCAAAACGAGUGUGAUCUCGCAUUGAAGAUUUUCGAGGCGAUUCGAAGAGAAGAAUGGUUCAAGCCCGACUUUCGGCUCUACCGCCGGAUGUUUGGAGUGAUGUGGGAGAACAACCGAGUGGACGACAUGGUCUACGUUUACGAGCAAGUGAAGCGCGAUGGAAUGGAGCCGGAUUUCUUUCUCCACAGGGAACUGAUGGUGGCUCACCUCAAGCACGGCAAUCCGGUGGCAGCCAUGGAGCUGUACGAGCAAGCAAAGGGGAUGAAGUUGCAGCUCAACGAGAAAACAUACGGGCUCGUCAUUCGAGAGCUCCAAGGUUGUGGGAAGAUUGAGCUUGCUGCUGCUGUGGAAGAAGAUCUUGGUCAAGCCUUCCCAAAGAUUUGUAGAACUUAAAUUGCUUGUCUUAAAAAAAUUUAUGAAUACUACUACUGAUGGUUUGAGAGGUA